AACAUUUCCAAAUUUAUUAUUAAGAAAAAAAAAUGUCGCAAAACACCAGAAAUUGCAAAAAUAAAAAGAAGAAAACAAAACCCCUCUUCCCGGUUCAUCUGGAAGACGCCCAACGGCUCCGAUCACUGCACGAUAUAUAAUACUUUGCCGCGCAUUCGAGCAAAACCCCAUUUGAACAAACAAAUGUAAAUGCUCAAUCGGCAUGAAGCUGCAAUCUUUGAACAAUGGCUAUGCAAUCCGAGCCCUCAGCCCCAAACCCAAUUGCUCCGCAGAGCUGAAACUCCCAGCAACCGUCCGAUCAUGCGCUCCGGAACAGGACCUUCGAGGCCAAUCCGUUGCUAUUGUUGGGUUGGGAAAAUCUGGGAGAGCUGCGGCCAGGCUUGCUCUUGCCAGAGGUGCUUCAGUUUUCGCCUUCGAUCAGAACCCGAAUCUGCGUCUUUUAGAGAAAGAUCCGCUCUUCAAGAAGCAAUAUAACGGAAUAGGUGGAUUGAAAACAAUCCUGGGUGAAUUUGACGAGGAGCUACUUAAUAAUGCGGACAGGGUUGUGGUGUCCCCUGGAGUUCCCCUGCAAAACUAUGGUCUUUCCUCUUUGUUGCAGUCGGGAAAGCAGGUAAUGUCUGAGUUGGACUUUGCUGCUGAAAUUCUCCCAAAAAGUGUAAAGAUUUUAGCAGUGACAGGGACCAAUGGAAAAUCAACUGUAGUCACUUUGCUGGACAGGUAGAUGCUUAGUCAUUUUGGAAUCGAGACAUUUGUUGGGGGUAACCUUGGUAACCCACUCUCAGAGGCUGCUUUCCAAUGCUUACAGCCACCUUCUUCAAAACCCAAGUUUAAGGUUGCAGUUGUGGAGGUAAGCAGUU